ACCAAAAUGACAGGUAUACUCUCCCUGUGUGAUAACAAAAUCGUGCAAUAUUUGUGCGCCUGUGGAAAAUGGAAGUCCAUUUAUCGUCUCUAUCUUUGUCGACAUUGUUACAAAAUAAGAUGCGGUGAUUGUGUACUGCAUGAGGUUGAUUCUCCCUAUUGCCCAAACUGUUUAGAGAAUAUGCCAUCUGCAGAAGCCAAGCUAAAGAAAAACAGGUGUGUAAACUGUUUUGACUGCCCAAGCUGUGGGCACACCCUGACUCCACGGGCCACCAGCCAGAUGGUCUCCAACCCAGAUGACCCUGGAAAGUCCACACCCAAGAAGAUGUUCUACCUUGCCUGUGGAUUCUGUCGCUGGACAACAAGGGAUGGUGGCAUACCAGACAAACCCACAGUGAGUGGAGGCUGGGAAGACAUGGAGAAUCCCUAUGCUGCUAGGUUAUCAAGUCUGUUGGAGCACUACCAGCAGCUCGCCCAGCGAGAGAAGGCGGAGAAGGAGAGGAAGAAGUAUGUGCGCCGUCGCAGCCAUCUCAUGUACGCUGCGAGUAUGGACAAGUAUGGGAUGGUGUCUGUUGCUGCCAAGCGUAAAGGACUUAUGCCACCUACAACUGGCACACUGAAGGAGAAUGAGGAGGUAACUGUGACUAUCCUGAAGGAGCCUGAUACAGUGGAUGAGUUUCCUCCCUUGGAUGAGGACUUCUUCACCAAGCCCAUCACUCUUGAGAAAAAGACUAAGAUGCAUCAGCGUAUGUCAAGUGUGGAGUUCCAGCCUGCAGAGACAGGUGACCUCUUUCCUGGACACAAGCACCUGCUUAUACGCAGGUCGUUACGCUGCAAGGAGUGUGAACACAAUCUGAGCAAGCCAGAGUUCAAUCCCCUCUCGACCAAGUUCAAGAUUCAACUGAUAGCUAUCCUUCACAUCCCGGAGAUACGUGUGGUGCCGGGAGCAGAGUUUCGCCACAAGAAAGAUACCAAGGUGACCUUGACCUUUACAAAUCCAGUGAACACCAACACCAAGAUACAAUUCCUCCAGGUGGAGGGCAAUGCUGGGGAAGAGGUCACUGCUAAGAUUGAUGUUCCCAAGAAAGAGCUUGUAUUAGCCCAUCGUGAUGAUGCAACCAUGUACGACGAGAUGUCCAGCCAGCAGGAGUUCAAGGACGACUCAAGUGUUGUUGCGUUUCGGAAGGCCAACAAGCUAGGGGUGAUAUUCAAGGUGACACCUCUGCAGCCAGAGGGAGAUGUGAAGGUGUGUUUUAUUUUAAAGCACAACUACAGAAGCACAGCCACCACCCUGCCCAGUGAGAACCAGGAACAACAGACAGUCUGGCUGGAACAUAGGAUUAAUGUCAACCUUGGGACCCUCUUACAACAGGGAAAAUAACUCUGAAAUGAAUUGAUUUUUGAAUGUUCCUUUUAGAAGGAAGACCUUAUUGAGUUGAGUAAAGGAUUAAUCUGUUAGCCUUUAUAAGAUAAGAAUAAAAAGUAAUUUAAGAUUUCAUUUAUUGAGGUAAAUAAAUUCUGUGAUUUAUAGAUUUAAAUGUGUUUAUCCUUGUGUGAACAAAUCAUGCUACCUACAUGUAGAUGAAUGAUUUAUAUUGGUGUGAGGAGUUCAUCAUUGUGUGCUUAUAAAUAUAUUAUGGAAUAGAAUGACAUGUAAUACUGUGCAAUAAACAUUAAGACUUGAUUCCUAUCAUGUAUUUUGUAUGUGUUAUUUAGAUUUACAAGUAUGUAGGACAAACUGGGUUUAAACUGGCCCAGUAAAAUACUUCAUAGAAAUCCUUCAUAGUGCAUUUGAUGUAUUCACAUGAGGUCAUUCUCAAUGGGCCUACAACAACAUCUCUUGAUUACAAGAUAAGCAAUUAAAUGUGAAGUGAUUUCCCACAAAAUAAAUUGAAGGUCUUACUUAGAAAUCAAUUAAGCUUUUCCUAAACUGACUAAUAACGACUUGUUUAAAAUUAGAUUCUGACUUAUCUAAAAACUCAAAUGGAAAAUUUUAUCUUGCGUGACAUGUUCUGAUAAAGUGGCUCCAUUAUGAAAAAAAAUAAAAAUUUACUUUCUUGUAAUUGCCAUUUAAUAUUGGUAGAACUUUGUGAUCUUGCAUUUCAUUUUGUAUGCAUAAGUGAUCAGCAAUGCUUUUGAAUAGCUUAUGUUAAGGUGUAGUCAUUAUGGUAAUGGUCUAUCUCGGGUGUUGAAUUUAAUAGUUUGGUAUAUACUAAAAUUAUCCACAUUUCCGUUCUGUACAGAGACUUUUCUCUCUAUUGCCUUAGGUUUUGUCACCUUCUGCAUUUUUGCUUUAUGUGGAAUGUCUGUCAAGCCCUUCUUUUUGAAAACUCAAUGUACCCAUGACCUUAAAAUGUGCUUAAACUUAAUACUUUAAAAUCAUGUUUAGAUGAAAAAGGAAGUACUUUCUAUGAAAGACAGUUUGCAUUUUUUGUGGAUAUUUGGUCUUAUUCCUGAAUGUAAUUGUCAACAUGUAUGUAUUACAUAUAUAAUGUUGUGCUGAUUGUACUGUGCUCUAUAUGUUAUGAAUUCACUUAAAUAAAAUUUUAUUGCUUAA